UUCCACAGCUCCUGAAGCCACCAUGUCGAGUUGUUGCUAUGGUAACGUUAGUAACGGACGCAGAGAGACAGAGAGAGAGAGACUGGCUAACGCACAAACAUAAUAUCACUUUAACUGACAGUUUCUACAAUGGCGUCGAAAAACAUCGACCCUUUAUCAGUUGAGGAGCCUUCAGGAGCUGUUGAAGAUGAGGAGGAGACGGAGGAAGAGCACACAGCGGCAGCAGGAGGGUGGAGCCGGGAGACUCAGGUUCCUGGGAAGGUGUUACGGGCUCACAGUGACGCCGUGACGGCCGCGCGACUCUGCUUCAACGACCGCUGCCUCCUCAGCUGCUCCGCCGACCGCACCGCCAUCCUCUGGGACGUGGCGAGCAGCAGACCUCUGAGGGUGUUUGACGGAGUUCACAGUAAAACCAUCACAGAGUGCGCUCUGAUCCCAAACACCAACAGGAUGGUGACAGUCUCCUGGGAUAAGAAGAUGGUGUCCACAGACCUGGAGACAGGACAGACUCUGUGGAGGAGGCGUCAGGCCGGCCUGCUGACGUCCUGCAGCUCCUCUCCAGACGGCCGGCUGCUCGUCUGUGCUUCAGAUCCCCAGAACGGCGUUUACAUCAGCGACGCAGCCAGCGGACAGACGCUGCACCACGUCAACGAUCAUCACCGCUCCACCAUCACGCGGUGUGUCUUCGACCCCCAGAGCCAGCGCGUGGCCUCGGUGUCUGCAGACCGCAGCAUCAAACUGUGGGACCUGCUGGCUCACAAGACCACGGUCAACAUCCUCAGUAACCACGGCAACGUGGUCUCUGACUGCUGCUUCUCCACCAGCGGGUACUUCCUGUGCACGGCGUCGUGGGAUAAGAGUUUAAAGCUGUGGGACCUGCAGGCCGGAGGGUUCCGGUCUCAGGGCGGGACGGCGCUGCAGAGAGGCCACGAAGGCAGCGUGAGUUCCUGCAGCUUCUCUGCCGACGGUAAGUCCUCGGAGGUCUUAGAGAGGUUUAAAAAGCUCUCUCCAACGUCUGUCAUAAUGUUGUCAGACACUUAG